AGGAAGAGUCUGGCUGGAAGGACAAUGACAUAUUUGUGAUUGCGUUGCUGAGUGCGGAGCUGGAUUGCACCUGGUCAUUUCCCUGACUUGACAGGGCACCUUGGGGCCCCUGUGGACUCCCACCAUUCACCACCACUGGGCUUGACAGAGAGUGGAAUUUCCCUCCUCUUCCCUGGCUGGAGCCGGGGGCAGAUGGUCGCACUGAGACUUUGAGCAGAACUCAGGAAGGAGAGUGAGAGGAAAGGGUGGGAGGGGGGCCAGAGAGAGGGAGAGGAAGAGAAGUGAGGAGUGGACAGAAGAGGAGACAUGCUUCGCUACGGUUCAGGACGAACUGCUUCCACCACCACCACCACCACCACAACAACAGAGGACUCUCCAGAGUCUUCAAGUGAGAGGAGGAUCAGACGCCUCAGGUUAACUCUACAUGCAGGAGAUGAUGGAAACAACAAGGCCAAAACGGACAACUCAGACACCGCUGAGGCAAGAAAAGAUGUCAAUGGGGUGUGGAAGAAGAAGAAUGGGCUGAUCCAAAGAGAGAGGCCAGCUGGCAGGGAGUCACCUCAGCAGCACCUCGGAGACAUGACCAAUGGGGUGCCAGAGUCCUCGCUGCAGCAUCAUGGGCCCAAAGUGUACGCCGUAGUGCAGAGGACGGGCUCGGACAGACAGCAGGAGGUGAUGGCGCGAGAGUGGACGGUCAAUCACCUUCAUGAUGAGAUGAGGUACAUCAGGGAGGUGAGAGAUUCUCUGGAGAAGGUGAGAGAGCGGAUGUAUGGGCAGUUUGGAGGAAUGCAGCAAUCAAUGCAGAAGCUUUCACAGGAAAUCAGGACUGCCAACUCACAUCGGAGGAGUCUGGAGUCAGAGGUGAGGAUCCGGACGGCGGCCAUGGAGAGGUUUGAUCAGAUGAACAGCUCCCUUAUAACUGCCAACAUCGGCCUGCAGCUUCCUUUGCAGAAAUCCCUUCUGGAGAACUGUCAGAACAGAAUGGACACGAGAGACAGUACGAAGAAUUGGCAGAGCACCUGUGAGAAAACAGAAGAAAAACUCAAAGACAAAGAGAGGGAGCUGGCUGCUGCGCAGGCUGAAAACCAGAGUUUAAGACUACAGGUGGAGUCUUCGCGGGAGGCCAACGCUCAGGCGCUGCAGGAGCUCUCAGCAAAGCUACAGAGGGAGUAUGAGGAGAAGCUGCUGGAGGAACAACGGAAACACAGGGAGGAGAUUGAAAACCUACAGGCCCAACUCGAUGAGUACAUCAGGCGACUGGAGGAAGCAGAGAGAAAAAUCCGGACUGCAGAGGCCAAGAUUGCAGAGAGGGACCAGAGGAUCAUUGAGGUGGAGCGUCUACUGGACUGUAUGGGAAAGGAGAAGAGUCAACUCCAAAAGAAGCUGCAGGAAUGUGAACAGCGUCUCCGCUUGAUAGAGCUGACCGACAAAACUGAUACAACUGUGGCCAAAAGGUCCAAAGAGCUGCAAGGUGAAGCAGUGGACCUCCGGGAGAGAAUCAAACACUUGAACGACAUGGUGUUCUGCCAGCAGAGGAAAGUCAAAGGAAUGAUCGAAGAGGUUGAAUCACUGCGAGCUCAAGUCGCUCAGAAGGAUAUGUUCAUCUCAGAGCUUCUGGACAGAAUUGCAAUAGUGGAGUGUGAGAAUAAUGAAUUAGAAGACAAGCUGAAGUAUUUUGUGUCCACACAGAGUAGGCAGCAAGAGGCUUUGGAAACCAGAGAGAUAGGAGUAGGCUGUGAUCUGCUCCCCAGACAUGAGGCACAGAGGCAUGAUGUUGAAACUCCUGUUGAGUGUGAACCGUCUCAUCUCCAUCCCAUACAACCCCCACAACCCGUUCAGCCUCCAUCACCAAUGAAACCUUCAUCACCCACACAACCUCUAUCACCCACACAACCACUAUCACCCACUGAACCUCUAUCACGCACUCAGCUUCCAUCGCCCUUACAACUCUCACCUUCUACAGAACCUCCAUCCCUCUCCCAACCUUUAAUCCCCCCAUCUCCCAUUCAGCAUCCAUUCCUCUACCUGACAUCGGUCACCCAAACAAGGACAAUAAGGUCUAAUAACCCUCCACCCAGCAGGCUGGAGUCUAGUUUACUGAAGUACACUCCUGUUGAAUACAGCCGCUUCCUGCAGUCCAAACCCUCAGUACCGAGUGGGACGUCUCCCUACACCCAUCAGACUGAACCUGAACCUCCUUUGAGCCCGGUCCAGUCGAGGAGAGACGAGGUGGACACAGAAACAAACAAAAACGCAUACUCAAGUCCGGAAGAAUCACCUUUAGCCCCAUUCUCCUCUCAACCGAGAUCGAGAGCACCUCAAGUUUAUACACCGUUCAUGAAACUUAUGGAACUAACAGCAAACAUAAACAUAGACUCAUCUUAAAGCAAUAGAUCUAGCAAUAGACAUUUCAGACAUUUUGGGAAAUACAUUACACUCUCUUUCUUGCCAAGAGUUACAUGAGAAGAUUAAUACCACUCCCAUUUUUUUUUAUUGUAAUCAUGCUGCUAAGAUCAGCAGCCAUUUAUCUUAGCUUAGCAUAAAUGCUGAAAACAGGAGCAAACAGCUAUGUCCGAAAGUAAUGAAAUCUGCCCUAGUGGGAGAAGCAAAGGGUAAAAUUCAGAAUAUUACAGAAGUUAAAGGAACAACUGCAUGGCAGCCAGUGAAAAUCACUGCUCACAGCCAAGAAAUAGUCCAGUCCGCAACCCCCAUCAUAUGACAAAAAGUUUUUACACUUCAGUUUUUGUAUUGAUUACAAAAGGAGUUUGUUGACUCAUGACCUUUGGCCAGAACUGAACAGGGUAGUCUUUUCCCUCCUGUCUUUAUGCUAAGAUAAGUCAUAUGUAGCUGCAGUUGGCUUAGCAUAAUGCUAAGCUGUGCGUCAUGAGCGUACAGUUCCUCCAGUUAAAACUAGCUGUAACUUACACAUUUACCGCGCAGUGAUGAGAGUGGUGUUGAUCCUCUCUUCUAACCCUUGGCAAUAAAGCAGGCUAAUCCUUAAAGUGUUGAAUUAUUCCUUUAAAAACUCAGUCAUGUUUGGUAUUAUUUUCACUGCUGGUGGUCUUUUUAAAUUCCACCAACACAGAUCUCAUAUCUUAAACAGUCAGAAGUUGACACAUUAUAAUAGUAAUUUUUCUGUCAUGUACAGUCUCAUGUAGAAUAUGGUCAAUGAUGAAGUCUUAUGUAGGUUUUUUUAUUCUAUUCUGAUUCUAUGUUUGCACAUCACUGUUAAAUAUAAUAAAAUGUUGAAGGGUAAAUAAUCUGAUGCUCUGUAAAAAAAAAUAUUUUGUUAAUAAUGUACUGAAGAAUUUUAUUUGUUUUGUUUACAGUGAAUGUAGCCUACUUAUGUUGCUCAUGGAGCUAUGAGCAUUCAGCCCUAUAUGAAGGUUGAUAAGGCUAUUGUAUUUAACAUUUUAUAUUGGCUCUGUACAAAACAUAUGAUAUAUUAUUUUGUUAUUGUCACAUUAUGUACAAAAUAUUUAUUAACAUGCUUUGUGCCUUUGUGAGCCUACCAUCUGAUACUGGUGGUGGGAAUGAAUCUCUUUGAAUUGGCAACAGGGUAAUAUAAUAUUAUAAUGUAAACUUAAUUUCUGUGAUAAUGACAAAAUUGUUAAUUUACUUUGAAGAUAUUAACCUUAAUGAGGUGACUGCCAUUCCUGAGCCACAGGCACAAGUAUUAUCCAGCUGUUGUCUGCACUGCCACAACUGUGAUUUGAAAAUGCUUAAUGAUGUGCCUUUUCCUUAACAUUACAUAUCAAACUGCAACUAAUGAAAAGAGGCCAGCAUAAUGAUUGGCUAAUAAAGACUUUACUGUACAAGCAUCCUGACUGUGUUAGUGGAUGCCCCAACCUACAUACAACUUCAUACAGAAGCAUGAAGCUUAUAUAUGACUUGUCUGGUAAGAAACACAAAAAGGCUUCUUUUUUUUAAUAACUGGUUUGUACGGUUUCCAUUUCAGAUGUUUAACUUUCACACUUUUGCAUAAAUGUCAUGCAUAGGCACUGAACUUCAUGUUCAGUAAAUAUGCAAAAGAUGUCACUAACUGUAUUUUGAGCACGUGUCCUGUGAAUAAUAUUCAGAUCAUGUGUCUGCAGAG